AUGCCCUCCAAAUCACGUGGACUGAGGACUUCGACAGGCUGCUUGACAUGCCGCAAGCGCAAAGUCAAGUGCGAUGAGAGUCAUCCAAAUUGCAAAAAUUGCGAGAGAGUCCACCGCGAGUGUGUAUAUGCUGAAAAAGCUCCUACACCCCGACGACCACGAGCAUUAAGCGCGUAUAACCCCGACGACAUUUCAGCUACCACAGAUUCUGUGACAGGAAGUAAUGAGACCGAGCCAAGAUCUGCAGACAUCUCAACGCUAAGUGCAGAGCCCGUAGAACCGAUACAAUCGUGGGGACCUUUCCCCGCAGAACAGCCAGGGCUCUCCGAGAGCGUGAUACCCAACGACGACUUCUUCCUUGACGACAGUCUUUUUAAUUUCGGGGAUAGUCUGACCCCCAACUUUGGACCAGUCGAAUGGUAUGAUCUACUCGCCGAAGACGCGAUCAACAAUAUGCAAGGACAAACGCAUAGCAACCGCUGGAAUUUCGACAUUGCUAGCCUUUCAAGAAGACAAUCACCUCGACAGUCUGUUGCUCUAGAAGCGAAUGAUAACCCUUUCAGCAACGUCGAUGUGCAUACUAUUGCGAUACCUGAGCAACCAUGGAACACAGAGACGAAGAUUGAGCUAAAACGACCAGAAUUGGUGUACUUCGAACACUACGUCAGCGUGGUAGCACCAAUACUGGACUUGUUCGACCCGGUGAAGCAUUUUGCUAAUGUUGUGCCUCAUCUGGCCUUGCAUAAUGUAGGGUUGCUGAAGUCUUUAUUGGCAGUAGGUGCCUGUCAUAUGGCGCUAUUUCAGGAUCAGGAUGCAAACAACGAUAUUGCGUCACAAGCGCCGCCUGGCACGCCCGCUUCAUCUUCCAGUGCAUCGCCGACAAUUCGAACGCUUGCUGAGCAAUUUUAUUAUGAAACACUGCAAUACCUAUCUCAGAAUUUACUGUAUCAGUCGUAUACGAAGUCUCGCGAAAUACUCGUCACUGCUAUCAUGAUCUCGACAUAUGAAAUGUUUGGGACAGCUAGCACCUCGGAUCAUAGUAACUGGGAUCGCCAUCUAAGGGGAGCAUUCUGGAUACAACGAAAUUCAGACACAAGCGGCGAGUCUAACGAUGGCUUGCAACGAGCAGUCUGGUGGGCAUGGCUACGGCAAGACGUCUGGGCGGCUUUCCGUACUGGGCGGCCAGCGCUGACAAUACACCAGCCCAGAGUGCCGAUGGCCGAACUUACAUCAGAAGGACUGGCUACACGUAUUAUAUACAUCGCAGCAAAAUGCGUACAGUUUGCUGCAACACCUAAGCAGGGUGACAUCGCCGGAUACAUCGAAGCAGGAGAAACGUUAUUGCGGAUGCUAGACGCAUGGAAGAGUCUCCUACCGCCAAGCUUUGAGCCCAUACCCAUCCAAUCUGGACAUCAUGUAUCUUCACCGAAUCCAGCGCUCGAAGCGAAUCUGACGCCAAUAUGGAUACAUCCUCCCGCGCAUGCCGCUGCUAUUCAGAUGUACCAUUUUGCACGAAUCAUAAUGGUACUCAAUCAGCCAUCCACCGGAGGUCUUAACAUGUAUCAGACACGCUUCAAGCUCCUACGCGAAAGCACUUCGACAAUUUGCGGUAUAGCAUUAGCACAGCAAUCGCAGAACUCACCCUCGGCUUUUGUUUGCUUCCAGGCUAUCUAUGCAGGUUUGUUCACCCAACCCCGUGUAUACUAUGCAAACUGA